CCCAGCUGCCUCCAAGAGAGAGAGAGAGGGUUCAGCAUCUCAAGGAGGAAGGAGCCGAGGACCAGAGCAUCUCCAGGGACCUCAAGAAGUUUAGGAGAGGAAUCAGUGCAGGAUCACAGUCCACUUGCAGCAUCAUUCCAACAGAGCUGAUAAUCUACAGCUCUUUAUAAUCAACCAGUCUGUAAUAUCCAGGAUGUGCAUGUAGUCGGUGGCAGAGGCACAGACCUGCCCUCGGGAUGAUACACUCACUGAUCUGAAGGGGUGGAGAGCAGGCUGACAUCACAGCUGCUGGAGUCCUUACACUGACAUGUGGAGACAGGGAAUAGAAUUCUAGGGCAGACAGAGGCAGCACUCCCUGAGGAUGACCCCAGAGAUGUCAGCAGCUGCCCCCUAGACACUGACGGUAUAGGGGUGACAGACUAUGCAGGGUUGAGGGGAGUCUUGCAGCCAUCUCAUCAGCAGUCACCAUCACCCCCAUCAUCUGGGAGCCAUCUCUGGUCAUGCAGAACAAGGGCAUCACUUUCAUUGUGUUCCUGGAAUGGAUAGUCACAGUGCACCCAGACUCAGAUUCGGCCAAGUUCCACCGUCUCCGGUGCGAUGGACAUUCCUGCAACCCACCAGUCGGGAACCUUGCUAUUGGCCGGACGCCGGUCACCCUCACUGCCUGCGGCCAGAAUGUCAGUGAACUGUAUUGCUUCUAUCCGGAGGUCCAGCAGACACCCAUCUCCUGCAGCCAAAGCCAGUGCACGAAAUGUAGCAUCAACCAGCCGGAGAACUCCCAUCUUCCUUCUCACAUGACGGACGACGUCUUCUCCAGUCCGGCUACCUGGUGGCAGUCGGUGCAGGGCGUCCUCAGGGAGGAGAUCAGGUUGGACUUUGAGACAGCGUUCUACUUCACGCACGUCAUCAUGGUCUUCAGGUCUCCGCGUCCUGCAGCCAUGGUUCUGGAGAGGUCUCUUGACCACGGCAAAACCUGGAGGGCUUAUAAGUAUUUUGCUACGAACUGCACGGCUACUUUUGGACUUCAGGACGACCUGAAUGAAGAAGGCUCACUGUGUACCUCCAGGUAUUCAGACCCCUGGCCCUGUACCAGAGGAGAGGUGAUAUUUCGAGCCCUAAACCCAACGAACAGGAUUGAGGAUCCCUACAGUCCUCAGGCACAAGCCCUGCUGAAGAUCACAAACCUGAGGCUUCUGCUCUUAAAGAGACAGGACUGUCCUUGUCAGGCUGCGUCGGGGGCACAGGAGAAGCCCCAAAGAUUCGCUUAUUACGCCAUUUACGAUCUGAUUGUACGCGGAAGCUGUUUGUGCAACGGACACGCGGAGGAGUGUGAGCAGGCGGGGAGUCCACCUGGAUCGGAAGCUGCUGUCCACGGUAAUUGUGUGUGCCAGCAUAACACGGCGGGGAGGCAUUGUGAAAAGUGCGCCUCAAUGUACAACGAUCUCCCAUGGAGGCCAGGAGAUGGCAAAACUGGAGCCCCCAACGAGUGCAGACGCUGUCGUUGUCACAAUCACGCUGUCAGCUGUCGCUUUGAUCCCAAUGUCUGGCUGUCCUCGGGAAAGAAGAGCGGAGGAGUGUGUGAGAACUGCCAGCACAACACAGACGGGCACCGAUGCCAGCGAUGCCGGGCUGGCUACUAUAGAGACCCCACUGAACCCAUCAGCUCCCCUCUGGUUUGCAAGGAAUGCUCCUGUAAUGCUGUUGGGUCAGUGAACGGAACACUGAACAGAAGUUGGAAAUGUCACCCUAAAACUGGUUUCUGUUACUGCAAACCGGGUGUGGCCGGUCCAUAUUGUGAUCACUGCUUGAGGGGAUACUGGGGGUUUGGAGAACACGGCUGCCGCCCUUGUGACUGUGCGGGGGACUGCGACCCGGACACAGGGGAAUGUCGGACCAGCAGCGACAAUGAGCACUAUCUAAACAUUCCGAUUGGUGGAAGGAUUCCUGACAUCAUAGACUCGCCAGCCAAUGAGAGCGAAGACGACUGGAGGUGGACAAGUGAACAGGGCUUUUCAGCUCUGCGACACCCAGAGAAGUGUGUGUGCAAGGAGCGGAUGCUGGGGAGCAUAACGGAUUUCUGCCAGAUGAAAUAUGCGUAUGUUAUAAAAGCAAGGAUCCUGUCUGCACACGAUAAAGGAACACAUGCAGAGGUGGUGGUGAAAGUGAGAAAAAUCCUAAAAUCGGGGAAGGUGAAAAUUGGCCGGAACAAUCGGAGCAUCUAUCCUGAGUCGUGGACCAAUCGUGGCUGCACCUGCCCCAUCCUUAACCCAGGCGUAGACUACCUUAUAGCCGGACCGGAGGACAUCCGAAACAACAGGUUACUGGUCAACAUGAACAGUCUGGUGAAGCCCUGGAAGGCGACCUGGGCCAAGCAGGCCAUUGACUUCAUCCGCUCCGGCUGCAAAUAGGUCUUGGAGGAGUCGACUCGACCCUUGAGGGUUUUCUCAUACAGACUUUCUCUUCUAUUCAUCUGGCAGUAGCGUAGAUCUCACUCCGUGCACGGGGAACUCUCAGGCUGAGCUUCUUCCCCUGGGGAUAGGUAAAGAGUCACCGGCGGCUGCUUUCACAAUGGCGGAAGCUCUGAUGACUGCAGGUCGACAUCUGGAGGACACACUGGAUGUGGAGAUCAUCGACCUGAGGCUGGACAAUGGGACGCUAAAUAACGUGCAUGCAACCAAAGACUAACUUGGCCCUUUAAGGAAAUUUUAAAGGAACAGUACAGCAUUUUUCUAAGUCACACAUAUGGAUGUAAACACGUCUGAAGGUUCUCCGCACUGGAGAAAUGUGGGGGCCCAUCCUGAUGUGUGGCUGAAAACAGGGAUCAAUAGAUAAAGAUACAGAAGGGGGGGGGGGGGUGUAGUGUCCCUUGUCAGUCUGUCUGUGCCCUACGAUGAUUCUUUUUGGUCGUGGGCACAACCUGAAUGAAUAUUCAUGAGAUGGCAGCCAAUCAGGAUGUUCUGUUUUCCCCCAUUGAGUAUUUUGCUUCUAGGAAAACAAAAUUAACUACGUGUUUGCCAUGGAGUCUUCAGCUGGGAUCAGGUUAAAGAUUAGGGGGGGGGAGGGGGAUUUGGGGUAUGACGCCUACCCCUAGCUUUUCUUUCUUCCUAUAGAGGAUCUGAGUGCGGAGUCCUCCUCCUGUAUAUAUCUAUUUGCUUCCGUUUUUUUUUUCUUUGCUCGUCCAAUGACGACCCCAGCAGA